AUGCAGCCGGCCCCGGACGAGGCCCGCAGGGACGAGGCCCAGGAUGCCCUAUGGUCCAGGCCCGAGUGCCAGGUGUGGACGAGGACGCUGCUGCUAGGCACGUGCCUGCUGUACUGCACCCGAGUGACCAUGCCCGUGUGCGCCGCCUCCAUGAGCCAGGACUUCGGCUGGAGCAAGAAGGAGGCCGGCUUUGUGCUGAGCAGCUUCUUCUGGGGCUACUGCCUGACACAGGUGGUGGGCGGCCACCUCGGGGACCGGAUCGGGGGUGAGAAGGUCAUCCUGCUGUCGGCCUCUGCUUGGGGCCUCAUCACAGCCGCCACACCCCUGCUCGCCCACCUCGGCAGUGCCCACUUGGCCUUCAUGACCUGCUCACGCAUCCUCACGGGCCUGCUCCAAGGUGUCUACUUCCCGGCCCUGACCAGCCUGCUGUCACAGAAGGUGCGGGACAGCGAGCGGGCCCUCACCUACAGCACCGUGAGCACCGGCUCCCAGGUUGGAACACUGGUGACCGGAAGCGUGGGCUCCCUGCUCCUGGACUGGUACAGCUGGCCGAGCGUCUUCUACCUCUCGGGUGGGCUCACUCUGCUGUGGGUGUGUUACGUGUACAGGUACCUGCUGAGCGAGAAAGAUCUCGUGAUGGCCCUGGGUGUGUUUGCCCAAGGCCCGUCCAUGUCCAGGCACACCAAAGCCCGCUGGAGGUGGCUCUUCCGGAAGCCUGCUGUCUGGGCAGCUGUUCUCUCCCAGCUGUCCUCUGCCUGCGCCUUCUUCACGCUGCUCUCCUGGCUGCCGACCUUCUUCAGGGAGACCUUCCCCAGCGCCAAGGGCUGGGUCUUCAAUGCGGUGCCCUGGCUGGUGGCGAUCCCCGCCAGUCUGUUCAGCGGGUUUCUCUCGGAUCACCUCAUCAGUCACGGUUACAGGACCAUCGUGGUUCGGAAGUUCAUGCAGGCCGUGGGCCUCGGCCUGUCCAGCGUUUUUGCCCUGUGUCUGGGUCACACCUCCAACUUCUGUAAGUCCAUGGUCUUCGCAUCGGCCACCAUCAGCCUCCAGACUUUCAACCACAGUGGCAUCUCCGUCAACAUCCAGGACCUGGCCCCGUCCUGUGCUGGCUUUCUGUUUGGUGUGGCCAACACAGCGGGGGCCUUGGCAGGUGUGGUGGGCGUGUGCCUGGGCGGCUACCUGAUCGAGAUCACAGGCUCCUGGACCUCUCUCUUCAACCUGGUGGCUGUUGUCAGCAACCUGGGGCUCUGUACUUUCCUGGUGUUCGGGAAGGCCCAUCGGCUGGACCUAAGCCCUGCCCACGAAGACCUCUAG